AUGGUAAAUAUCGAUGACUUGGUGAGAUUUGUAAUCUCUACCAGGUUCAUCAUUAUUACGUUCCUCUGCACAUUGUUGACAUGUCGCUCGCUUAAAUUGUCAUUAGUUCCACUGCUGAUGCAUGGGCUACUGCAAACACUAUACAAAGCAAAUCUGGCAUACAAAUGCGGUGGUCAAUUCAAAUGGAAAAGUCUACUGGAAUUCAAAUCCUGCAAAGUGGUCAUAACCGGUGGUAGUAGUGGUUUAGGACGAUCCAUAGUCAAGAAUUUGUUGGACACUUUCCCCAAUGUUACUAUUCUCAAUGUCGACAUAAAGACUUCUCCAGAAGCUAACGAUAGACUGAUAGACUACAUAUGUGACUUGAGAAAUUCUCAGGCGCUGAAUGCCACUCUAAAGGAAAUCAAAGUCAAUCAUGGGAGUGAGAUUCGUCUCUUGGUGAACAAUGCAGGCGUACGAUCACGAUAUGAAGGGUUUAAAGAAUUAAAAUGCCAGGAUGUGAAUGAUGUAUUUGCCGUAAACUCUGUGGCUCCCAUGAGAUUUAUCCAGGAACUUACACCGCAUGAAAGCAGCGAUGAACAGUGCUUUGUGGUGAACGUCACCAGCUCGCUGGGAAUAUUGUCAGCUGCUAAAGCAGCAGCUUAUGCAGCCAGUAAAGCAGCCCUUAUUUGUUUUCACAAAUCCUACACUUUUGAGCUAGAGAGUAAAGGAGUCUCGAAUAUCAGAACCUUACUCGUGGUCCCAGGCCAACUGGAUACUGAUAUGUUUAGUGGAUUCGAACCCCCAAGACAGUUCUUUGCACCUGUACUGGACAGAGAAAAAGUGGCCAAGAAGAUUGUAGACUAUGUCGAGCUAGGCAUGCGAGGUGACCUUAGCGCUCCACUAUAUGCCAAGUUUGCCUAUGUAUUAAUGGCUAUGCCCUACAGCGUUCAAACAAUCGUGCGUAAAAUGUCCAAGAUGGACGACUGUCUGCCGAAUGAUGAUUGA